UGCCCGAGGCUCAUGGCUGAGGAGUGCGGGCGAGUAGCGGCCGCUGCAGCAGUCGCGGUGGCGGGAAGGAGGCGGAAAAGCGCCGGAGAGACGGGGCUGCUAAGCCCGGAGGCAGCUGGGGACGAGGACUCGUGCUCUUCGUCCGCACCCCUGUCGCCAUCGUCUUCCCCGCGCUCGCUGGCCUCGGCUUCCGGUGGAUGCGGAUCCAGCAAGUGCGUCUGCAACAGCUGCGGUCUGGAGAUCAUCGACAAAUACCUACUCAAGGUGAAUGAUUUGUGCUGGCAUGUACGGUGUCUGUCUUGCAGUGUAUGCAGGACCUCUUUAGGAAGGCAUACCAGCUGCUACAUCAAAGACAAAGACAUUUUCUGCAAACUAGACUAUUUCAGACGGUAUGGAACCCGCUGCUCACGUUGUGGCAGACAUAUCCAUUCUACUGACUGGGUCCGUAGAGCUAAGGGGAAUGUGUACCACUUGGCUUGCUUUGCCUGCUUCUCCUGCAAAAGACAGCUUUCCACAGGGGAAGAAUUUGCUUUGGUUGAAGAGAAAGUUCUUUGUAGAGUGCAUUAUGACUGCAUGUUGGAUAAUCUGAAAAGAGAAGUUGAAAAUGGGAAUGGUAUUAGUGUAGAAGGUGCACUACUAACAGAACAAGAUGUUAAUCACCCAAAACCAGCAAAAAGAGCUCGGACCAGUUUCACGGCAGAUCAGCUGCAGGUAAUGCAAGCACAGUUUGCUCAGGACAACAAUCCAGAUGCACAAACACUCCAAAAGCUGGCAGAAAGAACAGGCCUGAGCAGGCGUGUGAUACAGGUAUGGUUUCAAAACUGCAGAGCUCGCCAUAAGAAACAUGUUAGCCCCAAUCAUUCAUCUACUGCUCCUGUGACAACUGUUCAGCCUUCCAGGCUUUCCCCACCAAUGUUAGAAGAAAUGACAUAUUCAGCUUAUGUACCCCAGGAUGGGACAAUGCUAACUACUCUACAUAGUUACAUGGAUGCUCAUUCACCUUCUGCUCUUGGACUCCAGCCUUUGCUACCCCAUUCAAUGACACAACUGCCAAUAAAUCACAGCUAA